GGCGGGCGUCAACGGCCGGCUAGGCUAGGCGGGAAGCGGCGCGGGAGUGUCGCGUCAGGGGGUGCUGCCUAGCAGGAUCGAGCCGCCGCUUCCGCGCGCGGCCGCGGGGUCGCAGCCGCGGGGCCGUAGGUACCCGAAGGUCGGUGACCGGAUUCCAGGGUUGGGGCGUCGUCUCCUGCGUCGGUGUCCCCUGAGGUUGUGUUUAGCAUGAUCGACUCCGUGAAGCUGCGCCGCAAUAGCGCGGCCGACUUCUUCUCGCACUACGAGUACCUUUGUGCACUGCAGGACUCAGUGCCUCUGCCAUCGGUGCGCGCUUGCCUGCGGGAGGGUGUCCUGGACUUCAACGCCGACCGCCUCCGAGUAGUGGACUGGGCGCCCCUCCUAAGCACCCUCAAGGUUAACAAAGAUCUGCCCCUGAUCUCCAUCAAGAGCUUCUUCCAGCCGUGGCUUGGCGAAACCGGUUCUGACAGAAGUAAAGUUUGCAGAAGUCGUGUUCCAGCAAUAAGAAACAAAGAUGUGACCUUCCAGUUAUGUAAAGCUCUUAAAUGUUGUUUAAGCACAUCCAGCGCUCUAAAGAACCUAGAGCUAAAUGGACUAGUUCUGAGAGAGAGAGAUUUAACUAUUUUAACAAAGGGAUUGAAUAAAUCUACUACCUUGGUGCACCUGUCUCUUGCAAAUUGUCCUAUUGGAGAUGGAGGUUUAGAAAUUAUUUGUCAAGGUAUAAAGAACUCUAUCACUCUUAAAACAGUAAACUUCACGGGGUGUAAUCUGACAUGGCAGGGAGCAGAUCACAUGGCCAAGAUCUUAAAGUAUCAGACCAUAAGGAGGCAUGAAGAAACCUGGGCUGAGAGUCUUCGAUAUAGAAGGCCUGACCUUGAUUGUAUGGCUGGCUUGAGGCGCAUCACUUUGAAUUGCAACACACUCAUUGGUGACCUUGGUGCAAGUGCUUUUGCAGAAUCUCUUAGUGAGGACCUAUGGCUUAGAGCACUUGACCUUCAGCAGUGUGGCCUCACCAAUGAUGGAGCAAAGACCUUACUAAAGGCCCUUGAAACCAAUAGAACUCUAGUUGUUCUGGACAUAAGAAGAAAUCCGCUUGUUGAUCACUCCAUAAUGAAAGCAGUUAUCAAAAAAGUUCUCCAGAAUGGAAGGAGUUUCAAAUCAGAGUACCAGUGGAUAACUUCUCCAUCAGCGAAGGAACCAUUCAAAACUGCUAAACAGAAAAAGAGAACUAUAAUUCUGGGAAGUGGUCGGAAAGGAAAAGCUACUAUUCGAAUUGGAUUGGCUACAAAGAAACCUGUCAAUAAUGGAAUUAAACGCUCCCUUGGUAAAGAAUGUUAUGCUCCUGAACCUCUGCCACCUGGUGUCUCUGGUUUCUUGCCUUGGCGAACUGCAGAACGUGCAAAAAGGAAUAGAGGGUUUCCAUUAAUCAAAACUCGUGAUGUAUGUAAUCAGUUGCAGCAAGCAGAUUUUCCUGUGACUGUGACAUUAGAGAGUGCUUCCUCUUCAGAUAUAGAAGAGGUUGAUGAUUCUUCAGAGAGUGUUCAAGAAGAGCCUGAGAAAACCAAUUUAAAGCAAGAAGUAUUACAGGAAAAAUUACAGGAAUGCCUAAAGCAGCUGACGGAAGAAAGAGGAAUAAGACUUAAGGCUGAUAAAAGAGUCAGUGAGCUGGAACAUGAAAAUGCUCAGUUAAGAAAUAUAAAUUUCUCUUUGUCUGAAGCUCUGCAUGCACAGUCAUUAACAAGCAUGAUCCUGGAUGAUGAAGGUAUUUUGGGCAGCAUUGAGAAUUCUUUUCAGAAGUUUCAUGCAUUCCUGGAUCUCCUUAAAGAUGCUGGGCUUGGACAGCUUGCCACAAUUGCUGGUAUAGAUCAGUCAGAUUUUCACUUACUAGGCCGUCCCCAGAUGAAUUCUACUGUUGGUAGUCUGCCUAAAGAAGAAAACAAGGCACUUGAGGAACAAAAACCAGAAUCAAAACAGAAUGCCUUGGGACAAAUGCAAAAUAUCCAAGUUUCUAUUUGUAUGCAGUCAGCUUUCAAUGAAGGAACACUAAUGAAGUUUCAGAAAAUUACAGGUGAUGCUACAAUUCCUUUGCCUCUUGACUCCUCUAUCCCAGCUGCUACUCAGGGGGCUUUAGAAACUUCCAACGACAACCUGAAGUUCCCAGUCACUGAGCAGCGGCUGGAGUCUGUCCAAGAAUUCAUUGCUAGAACAUGUUCUCCUGUGCCAGGUGGGAUUUCUGGAACUGGAAGUCAAAGAAAAGAAGAGGAGUUGUCUAGAAAUAGCAGCUCUUCUUCAGAGAAAUUGGCCAAAACAGGUGAAUAUACCAAAAAACACGCUACUAAGAAACAACCUGGAAAGGACCAGCCUUCCUGCUCUGACUCAUCUGUAAGCCUGAAAAGCAAAGGAGUCAGGCAGAAUAGCUCUGUGGUUAAUGAGCCAGUGAAAAGUGAGUCUUUGAAAAAACACAUUUCUGUCAAGAAAGAAAGUAGAAUAGUGACUGUUUCAUCUAAGACAGCUAAAAGUAAACUCAAUCUACUAGAACACUCGGAAAGUGAUACCCUUGGCUCUGAUUUUGAAUUUCAAGAAAGCAUCCAUACUUUAUCACGCUUGACAUAAGUCUAAAUCUUUGGAAAUUAUGUUUCUGCCUUCAAAUUUUAAUAAAUUUCUUAUGAUUUUA